AUGAGACUAUUCGCGGUUUUACUUGCGGCAACUGCCUUCACUGCCUGGUCCCGAACGGAUGCUGCGCAGAUUGAUCAAGCGUGCUUCAGCGAUGGCCGCCGAUGCACAUCCCGUUUCGGUGGUUAUAAAUACGUCAACUAUGAUCUGACCGAUAUCACAACGCAACUGGUGGAUCAGUCGUUCGACUUUCUGUUCCUGUCGGCAGCCUUUAAGCAGUACGACCGGAACCGACCGGGUUUCGAAAAGUUGUACCGCAAUAUCGCAGACCGUGCCUGGUCGGAUGCGAUUGCCGUUAUGCAGUAUCAGAGUCGGCGCGGCCAUCUUGCUUCGCUGAAUCCUAACUAUCGAGGCUCGAACAGUGAACUGCGUGUGUUAAGCGAUCCCGUCCUAGCCAGCGAGCACAGCUCGCUGCAACUGGCAAUGGAGUAUGAGAAACAGGUUGCCAGUAUGGCGCAUGCCGUCCACAAGAAGGCUUCCGUUGCCCAUCAGCGUCCGCCGCAGUACGAUCCGGACGUGGCGCACUUCCUGGACCGGCAGCUGGUCAAAGGAAGAAGUGAUUCCGUUCGGAAACUGACCGGAUACAUUCACAUGCUCGAUGGCAUUCUGAAUGUGGAUGACGCAACGCCGGAUCUUGGUUUGAGGCUGUUUGACGAUUACCUCAAGUCACAGGAAUAG